AUGGCUAACUUCAGCAGGGCACAGAUGUCUAGAGUACAGUUUGGAGAGCUGCCGAACCUCGAUUUUUAUCGCCUGUUGUCUGGGGUGCGUCAUAUCUUCGGAUGGAGAGCUUCUUGCUGUAUCAGCGAAAAAAUCGAGGGUCGUCAGGAGGACAACAUUGUGGAUAUUGGCGAUAUUCCUACUCGCGAAGCUCGCAUUACCUUGGUCCGCCACGAUUUUGCUGUUACUGGCAUUGCCUACUCACCAGAGGGAUAUCAGAUCGCCACCGCCUGCAAGGACACUACCGUGCCGUUCCGGUUCAUGGUCUCUGGCGACACUCGUAGUAUCCUUCAAGACCCUUGCGACUCUGUCACCGACUGGGUGGAUGCGUUUGAAGGCAAAUGCUUUUGA